UUCAAGACCCGAAGACCUUUUUUGUCGCGGGAUCCCUCUUUGAAGUCAUGCGCAGUAUAUUCUACUUUGCUCUUGCCUUCGCGGCUUUGACUCGCAGCAACGCUUCCGCAGCGUUCCUGAAUCCCGACGAAAUUCACCUCUUAUCAGACACUUUUAUCAAAAGAUCCCUUCGGAGUACUAACAAACUCUUCAAGAGACCGGCGGAAAAAGACAUGAGCAAACUGAUUGCGGCGGCUAAGAUUGCGAUGUUGGAGAAAAAGAUGGCUAAGCUCUCAUUCGUCGGUAAGGAGGCAGCGAAGUAGCCUCAGAUGCGGAGACAGAAUACUUCCUUACAGUUGUGCAUAAGUGCUGUAUUAAUAUUUUUGAUCAUUUCAGAAUGAAUCAUCACUUAUGAUACGAGAACACUUUGACUAGCAUUUAAAUCAGUUACCUAUGUAUGA